UAACAGCCACAGCCCAAAUAUCUGACAGUGAGUUGCAUAAUUCCCGAGAGCAGGCCUGGACAGUGUCUGGGUGGGGCCUGGGAGCCACAGGAGACGCCCAAAGCCAGGCAGAGCCUGGGGGCGAGGGGGCGACUGGCAGGUGUGGCGCUGGGUGUGGCCCAGGGCGGGCUUGCACCCCCACACCCAAGGCAGCGGCCGGCUCAUUCCUCGGCUGCAGGAGCCAGACGUGUGGAGUCCCAGUGGAGGCCGACCUGUGUCUCUUCAUCUCCCUGGGAAAGGUGCUCCCGAGGUGAACGAGAUGGCCUGGUGGAAAGCCUGGAUUGAACAGGAGGGUGUCACAGUGAAGAGCAGCUCCCACUUCAACCCAGACCCUGAUGCAGAGACCCUCUACAAAGCCAUGAAGGGGAUCGGGACCAACGAGCAGGCUAUCAUCGAUGUGCUCACCAAGAGAAGCAACGCGCAGCGGCAGCAGAUCGCCAAGUCCUUCAAGGCUCAGUUUGGCAAGGACCUCACUGAGACCUUGAAGUCGGAGCUGAGCGGCAAGUUCGAGAGGCUCAUUGUGGCCCUUAUGUACCUGCCAUACAGAUACGAAGCCAAAGAGCUGCAUGACGCCGUGAAGGGCUUAGGAACCAAGGAGGGCGUCAUCAUUGAGAUCCUGGCCUCUCGGACCAAGAACCAGCUGCAGGAGAUCAUGAAGGCAUAUGAGAAAGACUACGGGUCCAGCCUGGAGGAGGACAUCCAAGCAGACACAAGUGGCUACCUGGAGAGGAUCCUGGUGUGCCUCCUGCAGGGCAGCAGGGAUGAUGUGAGCAGCUUUGUGGACCCGGGACUGGCCCUCCAAGACGCACAGGAUCUGUAUGCGGCAGGCGAGAAGAUCCGUGGGACUGAUGAGAUGAAAUUCAUCACCAUCCUGUGCACGCGCAGUGCCACUCACCUGCUGAGAGUGUUUGAAGAGUAUGAGAAAAUUGCCAACAAGAGCAUUGACGACAGCAUCAAGAGUGAGACCCACGGCUCGCUGGAGGAGGCCAUGCUCACUGUGGUGAAAUGCACCCGAAACCUCCACAGCUACUUUGCAGAGAGACUCUACUAUGCCAUGAAGGGAGCAGGGACACGCGAUGGGACUCUGAUAAGAAACAUCGUUUCAAGGAGUGAGAUUGACUUAAAUCUUAUCAAGUGUCACUUCAAGAAGAUGUACGGCAAGACCCUCAGCAACAUGAUCAUGGAAGACACCAGCGGUGACUACAAGAACGCCCUGCUGAGCCUGGUGGGCAGCGACCCCUGAGGCACAGAAGAACAAGGGCAAAGGCCAUGAAGCCAGAGUCUCCAGGCCUCCUCACUCAACCUCAGCCAUGGACACAGUCUCCAAGCCUCCUCACUCAACCUCAGCCAUGGACGCAGGUUGGGUGUGGAGGAGGGGGAGUCCCAGCCUUUUAGUGUUCUAUUUCCCUAUUUCCAGUGCUUUCCAGCCGGGUUUCUGACCCAGAGGGUGGAACCAACCUGGGCUCCUCUUCCCAACUUCCUCCACGUCAUUUCCCAGUGUGAGCACAAUGCCAACCUUAGCGUUUCUCCAGCCAGACGGAUGCCUCGGCAUGAAGGGGCUGGGGGCUUGUGGGUCAUUCCUUCCUCCCUGCAGGAGCUUCCCAAGCUGGUCACAGAGUCUCCUGGGCACAGGUUAUACAGACCUCGGCCCCAUUCCCAUCUACUGAGACAGGGUCUCCACAAGAGGGGCCAGGGAAUAUGGGUUUUUAACAAGUGUCUUACUGAUAUGCUUCUCUAUCAGGCAGCCAGAAAGCUGGCUGGAGCCCCUUUGUUUUAGAACACACAUCCUUCAGCAGCUGAGAAACGAACACGUAUCCAUCCCAACCAAGAAGCCAUUAACAUUCAUCUAAAAAUGUUAGGCUCUAAAUGGAUGAAAAAUUCUCUUACCACCUUAAUAACAAAACAAACGACAAAUUCCUGACCUAAGGACACUGUGUUCUAAGCGGCGUGGGUUCCCCUGGUGGCUGACCAGGUCAGCUGCCCUGGCCUCGCACUCCUCUGCAUGUAGCACAGAAGGGCGUGACCAUGCCCUCAGCACCACUCUUGUCCCCACUGAAUGGCAACUGAGACUGGGUACCUGGAGAUUCUGAAGUGCCUUUGCUGUGGUUUUCAAAAUAAUAAAGAUUUGUAUUCAACUCAAA